UAUUCUAUUGAGCAUCAAUAUCAAGUCGCGGUGGAAGACUCCCUGGCUAUGGCAGAAAUCGACUUGAAGCCCGAGAAUCGCCUCCUCGACAUGCGCGUGCGGCGUGCCUAAUUGGUUCUGUAAAGGCUACACGCGCCCCUCCUUCUUCGGAUAGGUCUGAUGACGAGUUUGGUUCUACUGCCCCUGCUGUUGAUGAUGCUUCCAACGAGGAGUAGUCGGAAGAAGAAGAAGAAGAGAGAAGAGAUGUGGAUCUGCUGUUAUGUUUUGUAAGAGCUAGCCUAUUUCAAGAGUCUUCAUUUCAACCAUUAGAUUAAAGUGACGUGACACUCCUAUAACUCCAACCAAAUCCAAACAGAAUAAGGUCCAAGCAGACAAGCCGCUUCCUAAACAUAAACCAUUCCCUCUCUCACUCUCUUCUUCUCCAUUUAACAAUGGCGGCGCUGCUAGAGCCACCGCCACCAUUUCUAAACCCACUCCUUCCUCCGAGCUCAAACCCCACUCGCCUUCUUCUUCCCCACAAUCUCAAAUUCAAAAGACUCAACCUUUAUAACAACCCCACCCUUCAUUCCCAGACCACCACUUGCUUCGCUGCCACUCCCCAACCCGAACCCGAAUUCCCCGACCCCACUUCGGAACCGACCCGCGACCGCCGCCGCGCCGUCCGGCUUGCCUGGGAGAAGAUUGUCCGGUGGUCCCGGUCGUUACGCUCCAAGACCAAGACAGACAUUCUUGAACGGACUAACAAGGUGGUGGUGCUCGGAGGUGGGUCUUUCGCGACGGCAAUGGCGGCGCACGUGGCGAAUAGGAAGGAUGAGCUGGAAGUUAACAUGCUGGUGCGUGAUGCUCAAGUUUGUCGGUCUAUUAAUCAUAACCAUUUUAAUAGUAAGUACUUCCCGGAACACAAGCUACCGGAGAAUGUGAUUGCAACCACUGAUGCCAAGGCUGCUCUGCUAAAUGCUGACUAUUGCCUUCAUGCAGUGCCUGUGCAGUUCAGUGCCUUGUUUCUUGAGGGAAUUGCAGAGUAUGUAUAUCCAGAGUUGCCAUUCAUAUCUGUUAGCAAGGGUUUAGAGCUCAAUACGUUGAGGACAAUGUCUCAGAUCAUCCCCCAAGCAUUGAAGAAUCCUCGUCAGCCUUUCAUCGCGUUAUCAGGGCCUUCUUUUGCUCUGGAGCUGAUGAACAGGUUACCAACAGCAAUGGUGGUAGCGUCUAAAGACAAAAAAUUGGCAAAUGCAGUUCAGCAGUUACUAGCUUCUAGCUAUCUAAGAAUCAGCACUUCAAGUGAUGUCACAGGGGUAGAAGUUACAGGUGCUCUCAAGAAUGUGCUCGCAAUAGCCGCAGGUAUUGUGGAUGGGAUGAAUCUUGGUAAUAAUUCCAAGGCAGCUCUUGUUUCACAAGGAUGCUCAGAGAUAAGAUGGCUGGCAACUAAGAUGGGUGCAAAGCCGACAACAAUCACUGGUCUAUCAGGAAUUGGAGACAUUAUGCUUACAUGCUUUGUAAAUCUUUCAAGAAACAGAACAGUUGGGGUUCGUCUUGGAUCAGGGGAGAGACUUGAUGACAUACUUAGUUCCAUGAAUCAGGUGGCAGAAGGUGUAUCAACAGCAGGAGCAGUGAUAGCUCUAGCGCAAAAAUAUAACGUGAAGAUGCCAGUUUUGACCGCAGUAGCUCGGAUUAUUGACAAUGAACUGACCCCCAAGAAAGCUGUUUUUGAGCUGAUGAGCCUCCCUCAGGUUGAAGAAGUCUGAACCUGAGGCUACUUGAAUUAGUGAUAGCUGUUGCACAAACAAACAGGAAAUCUAAAAGUAGGGUUUGAAUCUUCCUGAGUCCUGAAUUCACAGGAAUUUGUUGAUGAAUGAGCAAAUAGAAAAAAUGGACCCUGUAUUUUCUCCAA